AUGACAGCAGGCGCGAUCGAGACGACGAGCAUUUCUUCUUCGUCCUCUCAUCAGAGCCUUGUCAGUCGUGUCGAUCGGACAUCGCGCGCAAGCAGUGCCCAAACAAGUCCACGAGAGCCGAGUCAGCAGAACGAGAGCAAACUCGCAAUGGAUGCAAGCUCUCGAGAUUCGGACGAAGCCCGGCGGCAACAGCAUGAGCAAGCCGUACAGCGUAUCCUCAAAACCGUCAGGGAAGCCAAAGUCGCACGGAAAUUUAGGUCGCGACUAGCGUUGGCCUGCUAUAAAACCUCACGCGGCUGGCAAGAUCUCAAGCUCGAAGCUAUCGAGCCACAGGUAGAGAAAGAGCUUGCAGAUAAGAAGAAGAGGGCACGCGAUGAAGCAAAUGCCGCUGAGGUGCUUUCGCAAAGCAACAAACGACAAGCGGUCGCGUCUACCUCGAAGCUCGCCGGUCCGAGCACGCACGCGCCCAAUGGCUCGCCGUACCUUGAUGUCAGAGUCCCUCGCUCUAGACAACUCAGUGCUCGCACGAACGACUCAGCCAUGAGGAGCAGCACCGUGCAUGAGCCGGCAGGCGACAAUGCGAGUCCAUAUCCUCCGCAGAUGUCACUGUACGAUACCCUAAUUUCGCCCUCGAUCAAUGACCUGUACGGCUACUUCUCGCCUGCUCAGCAAUCACCCGCGACUUUCGAGCCUGCUGCUAGUCAUCGAAGAUUAUCGCCCCUGACCACGUCCGUCGCGCUUAAUAAUCAUAUUCGGCCAGGUCAGCCAAAUGGUCUGAACACUCGGAGGAGCAACUCGAGCGAACGCGAUGCACCGUACAGUAGUGGUGAUAGACAUGAUUCACGAAAGCCGCAAAGCCCGAAAAAGCUUGGGCGACCGCACGACCGAGAGCCUGGCAAGCCGAUUCUGUCUACUUCCGAUCCGAGCUUCGCAUCUUCAGCGCACGAGUUCGUCGAUGCUGCCACUGCCCUGACCAGCUUCAGUCGAAGCCCGGUCGAACAAUCCGCAGUCGCGCCGACGUCGAAGCUUGAUGAAGCGCGACAUCAUCCUUCACCCCUCAGGACCAAUAUGUCCUUUUCGGGCGAGGUCACAACCACGCCCUCAAGGCAGAGCAUACGGCCCGUGGAUGCGCGCUCUUCACAUGCUGAAGGCGAUCGUGAAAGUGCCGCAGAGCUUAUGCUUUUCCUUGCUGCGUCGCCAAGUCCCGCAACGCAUCGCCGGACAGAAGAUAUGAUUCCUCGGCCACGCGAUGGCAUAGGCAAGCAGCUCUUCACAGAGGGUCCAGCGCCGGCUUCUCCGGUCCCAGCCGGUAGUUACUCGCAAGCACGAAGUCUAGCGAGCGGCUUUAAUUAG